CGACACCAAGACUAAUUCGCCUGUUUGCAUACAAACCUGAGAAUAGAGUAACUGGCCUUUUGCCCUGCCCUGCGCCUCAUCUCUCUCCUACCUUGCCAUUGUCAAGUCUAUCCUCUCCUCGCUUUUCCACUGACAACCCUCAUUAUAUCCCAAAGACUCUUGUCAUCUCCACCGAACGUUGCCUCUUUGUCUUCAGGCUGUCCUCUCGUUUGUAUUGACACUGGCUCUGACCGACGACCGGCUUACACUCCCUGCUUCUGGUGAUCAAUUCCCCUACUCAGCACCUCGGUUUGCUGUACAACCUGUGACGUGCCAACUUCACCAUGCCUCCCGACAGGCAGUUUUCCUUUGAGACACAUGACGAUUACCCUCGUGACAAUCGACCGCACCCCGAACCCCCCUCACACCAACAAUAUACAGACUCUCCUUCCAGAGACUUCGUCUCUCCACCACCGCGAUAUACUUCUCCUGCAGCACCAGCAUUUGCACAAGCCUCACCCCCGAGGCGGCCAAUUCCACCUGACCCUCGUUACCUAAGCGAUCAGUCGCCCUCGAGACGACAACCUCUACUGUUCGGUGGCCACGACGACCUACAGCCUCCUCCCCCUCCCCCACACAGGUCCAGUCCUUCUCGUAUAUCCUCCGACAGCCAACAUCGUCCUAUAUCAGACGUCACUAGUGACAUGGACAACUAUGGAGACUACGCCCAAGGCGGAGGCAUCAAUGCUGUUGCACAAGGAGUCGCAGAUCGUCAUCCUCGCGAAAGUGGCUUGCAAGCUAUGGGAUCUCUUCCUCAGCCCUAUGCUCCAGUCCAUUCAGACGCUCUACCUUAUUCCCGAGAUGGUCUGGAUCAUGCCCAACUUCCUCCUUCGCACUUACCCAAUCGAAAUUCCUAUGGCUCAACCUUCGCACUUGCUGCAGGAGCAGCCACCCCAGGGACAGUCACUCCUGACGGCUCUCUAGGCCCCAGGUCUUCUCGCUUCUCAGGCCGAAGCAUUCCUCUGGAGGACUACUCUUCCCACCCCAGUCAGCCCACGUCCUACAUGGGUUAUCAAGAAUCCCCCUAUCAGAACAACCCCCACAGUCCUUCCAUCAACUCCUCCAACAUCAUGCACCACGCCAGUAUCAACCCUCAUAAUAUCCUCGAUGAUGGGGAUGAUGGCUUUCCAUCACAGCCUCGGGGCUCUACAAAUGCCAAAGGCAACAGACUGAGUGGCAUCGCCGGGGCUGCUGCUGGUGCUGGAGUCCUCGGAGGUUUGUUUGGUCGGAGGGCCAAGAAUCACACCUCGAGUGGAACAUACGAUGCCGUUGGGGAGUCAAAGGUUGAAAAGAGUGCUUGGCUGGCAGGGGAGACCAAAGGCCGAAGAAAAAUGAAGCUGUGGGUCGGUGUCGGUAUCGGCCUCGUCAUCGUCCUUGCCAUUGUCGGUGGCGUUGUCGGUGGCCUGCUUGGAUCCCGGAGUUCUUCUAGCGGCUCUGAUGAUACAUCCAGUCCAGCAAGUGGUAGUACCAACAACGCUGAUGAUGACACUGCAGCAAAUGGGGAUCUCAGCAAGGACUCGUCGGAAAUCAAAGCCCUGAUGAACAACAAGAAUCUACACAGGGUAUUCCCGGGCAUGGAUUACACCCCCUGGGGCACUCAAUAUCCUCUGUGUCAUACAUACCCUCCUUCUCAAAAUAACGUCACUCGCGACAUGGCCGUCCUCAAUCAAUUGACCAACGUCGUUCGACUAUAUGGCACUGAUUGCAACCAAACCCAGAUGGUCUUGCAUGCCAUAGACCGUCUGGAGCUCACUGACAUGAAGGUUUGGAUGGGCGUUUGGAUAGAUACCAAUGCGACCACAUCUGCCCGACAGCUGGAGCAAAUGUACCAAAUCCUCAAGGAAACGAAGGACCUCUCGAUAUUCAAGGGCGUCAUUGUUGGCAAUGAGGCCCUCUACCGCGCCGGUGAAGACAAGGCUCAAUCAGAACAGGAAUUGAUCGACAUGCUCAAUCAAGUCAGAUCCAACUUCUCCAGACUUGGAUAUGACCUUCCCGUUGCAACGUCUGAUCUCGGCGACAAUUGGAACUCCCAGCUCGUGCAAGCUGUCGACUACGUCAUGUCCAAUAUCCAUCCUUUCUUUGCCGGUGUCGAUGCCUCAUUGGGUGCCGGCUGGACCUGGGAUUUUUGGCAGACUCAUAACGUGAUCCUGACCACAUCCUUGCCUGAUGUUGGACAGAUCAUCAGUGAAACUGGUUGGCCCAGUGGUGGCGGAACAGACUGUGGUGGGUUAGAUGGUUCUUGUACUCCGGGUCAAAAAGGCGCUGUCGCCAGUAUCGAUGGAUUAAAUACAUUCAUGGACACCUGGGUAUGUCAAGCCUUGGCGAACGGCACGGAUUACUUUUGGUUUGAGGCUUUUGAUGAACCUUGGAAGGUGGCGUACAACAAGGGCGAUCAAAAUUGGGAAGACAAAUGGGGUCUAAUGGAUCCUGGGAGGAACUUGAAGCCAGGUCUCAUAAUCCCAGACUGUGGCGGAAAGACAGUCUGAACUCAACUUGACCGACUUUCACCCUCUCCCCUUCACCAAUAUCCAGACUGUCAUGUGCUUAGGGCCCUUAUUCUUUCAGAGAGGAUCACCUCUGUAACAAGAGAUCUAAGCCUGGACAGUAUGUUCGAGCUGGUUGGGUAUUGCAACAUCAAUAUCCAUCUGGUGAUCCCCGAGAUCUGACGGCAUGAUUUUCGAAUAUGAAUACCAUAAUGCCUAGGUUCAGGUUGGUCGGGACAGCCUGGACCCGGAAUAGCGAACCGCGUCGAAGAGAACACAAACGUAACUACGCCACGGUCAUUACCCAGCAAGAAAAUGUGGCUAUGGGGGCAUCUUGAAUACAGGGAAAACAUGUCCUCGCCGUGGAAGAACAGGAUACCGAGGCCAAAGUGGCCAAAAUGGUACCCCGACUUUAGUGACAUGUAUAUUAAACCCCAUCUGACGACCAUCGAGACACUCCGACAUCGAGAACCGUUGUUUGGAGUGGAAGGAAUUCUCACUACUGGAACGAGACACGAAGCGGUAUUCAUUGUACUUUUAGAGGGCAGCGAUAUUGAAAAGCAUGUAAGCGAAGUGUAUUGCAUUACCUAUCGAUGAUUAAUAUGCAUCAUUGAGAUGAAUAACAGACUUGUUGACCGAUACAUUCAGCCUAUUAACAGACAGCUCGCGAGUGAGGACAUCAUACACCAGACUCUCCGCCGCAUGAAUGAAGAAUCGGAGGAACAACAAGGUCAUGUGAUGACAAGGAGGCAUAGUACGUGAUGGAGAUGCUGUUCAGUAGGAGGAGCCACCAGAAAGAGAUAUCCUUCCUACCUACCAAAUAUACAUCUAGAUGUACCGAGAAUCACGUUCACGUUCACGACUAGGAAAGGAAGCUUCCAACAUAACUAAAAACAAGAAACAAGGCAGGCAAUAGGGAAAUAGGAAGGCAAACGCCAUGACCCACGUAGAUCGGGGCCGAUGCUUUCAAUCUUCACUGUCAAGGUAAG